CCGUCUGGACCAUGUUGUUUGUUUUCGAUUGCAAUGCUAACUAAUCUGGCUUUGUUUAAGCUCGGAUCUCCGCACCCAGAUUUGUUUGGCCAAGAAAUUGGCAUGUCCCCAAAGAAAUACCAAGAACAAAGAAUAGGUUGCUACUCUUUGUUCGUGGCUGUGAUUCUUCAAAAGAAAGAAUAGGGUAUUGUGUAGAAGACUUUUGAUUGGCUGGAGCGUCCAAUCCAAGAAAUUCUAAUGAUGGAGCAUGCGCUCCAGUUUCGGAACCAGAGGUGUUCUAUUGACUAAUUCGGUCUAAUUGCUGUUCACGCAUCUAUCGCUGGUCGUUGAUCCACUCAUUUGCAGGUCGCCUAAUUAAGUCCCAAAUAGACAAAAGAGAGCUAACAAUGAUUUGGGGCUUCUGGAUGCGCUAUUCCCGCGUGGAUCACAACACCAUGCAUCGUCGAAAGCAGUACAACGUAAAGAAGAUCGUCCAGGUCGCGUUGAUAGUGAUCGUACUCAUAUCUCCAAUCGGGGGGCUACUCUUAUUUCCAUCCACCACGGUGCUUCAGCUCACCUCGUCCAUCUCGAUACCUCUCGACCUGCCCACACGCACCAAGGUCUUCGUGGACAUGGGUUUUCAAAUGAACUACAACCUGCCCACCACGGUGUCGGCGUUCUACAACGCCUCCAUCUGGGCGGACGAGCUGUCGCGCCGACAAAAGCGCCACUUGCCAAAAAUUUCGGAUCUGCAAAGCUUGGAACGGGAACAGGACGUUGGCAUGCAUCCAGGUGACUUAACGGCCGGCCAGAUGUACUUGGGGCUGGAGAACUUGCUCGAGACCUAUGGAGUCCACAGAUCUUGCCUGCUACGCAGUGUUUGCGAACUAGCCUUGCAUCCUUUUGCUGAAAAUCAUUAUUAUGCUAUGGUUACCCAGGCCAUCACCUUUCUUCUCACGCCUUCCCAGCAUGAGGGUUUCGCUGAGGAUGAGCAGCAUUACCGCGACAAAUACGAACGAGCCGAACAGAUUGGCUUCCUGGGCGGGGAAUGCCACCUCUCGUAUCCUAGCUGCGACAUGGACAUCAUAAACUUAGCCACCCGACUGGUCAGAUGAAAUAAAGAUAACCGAAUAGCCUA